AAUAAAGUAUAAAAUCACGCAUUAAUGAAUAAUAAGUGUUUCCUUUAUUACAACCAAACUAGCGAGUCCUUCUCUCAAAUACUUCUUCUGACCAAACACUCAAAGCUAAGAAAGCUCAACACUUUUCGUAUUCUCUCAAGAAAUCAUGAGUAACGAAUACGAUUACUUGUUCAAGCUUCUCUUAAUCGGUGACUCCUCUGUCGGCAAGUCUUGUCUUCUUCUCAGAUUCGCGGAUGAUUCGUAUGUGGACAGUUACAUCAGCACCAUUGGAGUUGACUUUAAAAUAAGGACGGUGGAGCAGGAUGGGAAGACAAUCAAGCUUCAGAUUUGGGACACUGCUGGACAGGAACGGUUCCGGACUAUCACCAGCAGUUAUUAUCGAGGAGCUCAUGGGAUCAUUAUUGUGUAUGAUGUUACCGAGAUGGAGAGCUUCAACAAUGUCAAGCAGUGGCUUAACGAAAUCGAUAGAUAUGCAAAUGACAGUGUUUGCAAGCUUUUGGUGGGUAACAAAUGUGAUUUGGUUGAGAACAAAGUUGUGGACACACAAACCGCAAAGGCAUUUGCAGAUGAGCUAGGGAUUCCUUUCCUUGAGACAAGUGCAAAAGAUUCAAUUAAUGUGGAGCAGGCUUUCUUGACUAUGGCUGCGGAGAUUAAGAAAAAGAUGGGUAACCAGCCAACAGCAAAGUCAUCAGCGAAUACAGUCCGGAUCAAGGGAGAGCCAAUUGAGCAGAAGAGCAACUGCUGCGGUUAAAGUGUAAUAUUUGUUUACUGUAAGACUGUAAAAAACUGAUGACAGAUAACCGUUCGAAUUGUCCUUUCAGCUACUUGAAACUCAACUGCAGACCGUUACUAUAUCCUAACUCUUUUGUUUGUUUA